AAGAUGGCCGUCGGUCAGUCGGUAUCGAACCGCCGUGCCGUGCGGAGCUCCUACGCUGACUCGUGCGCGCGUAGGCACGGUGCCGUCCCGCUCCGUUCCGUUGCCGAAGUGGUGAACGGGACCCGCGGUACUUUCGCAUACCUCGGCAGGCACGCGCGUCACGACGAUCCGCACUCACCGAUGGCUUCCCGGCCUCCUCGCGCAAUCCUGGAGCACCUCCUCCUCGCCGCUGUCAUCAUCGUUGUCAGUGCCGCCUGUUUCGUAGAACGCGCUCACCGAACGAUCUUCGUUGCGGGCGACCGGUAAUUCCCGAGCCAAGGGAUUAUAUAGAUAUAGUGACAACACUACUGAGAGAAGAAUAAAAAUUUGCAAGUUGAAAAAAACAUUGCCGUAAAUAUGGAUACUGGACCUACACAGGGUAAAAAGCAAAUCCGCGUUGGAUUUUAUGACAUCGAAGGAACCAUCGGCAAAGGCAAUUUCGCUGUUGUAAAACUAGCUAGACAUCGAAUAACAAAAACAGAGGUGGCUAUCAAGAUAAUUGACAAAACUCAAUUAGAUUCUACUAAUCUAGAAAAAGUAUACAGAGAGGUCGAAAUUAUGAAGCAGUUAGAGCAUCCGCAUAUCGUUAAAUUAUAUCAAGUUAUGGAAACGAAGAACAUGAUUUACAUGGUGUGCGAAUACGCGAGCAAGGGCGAGAUAUUCGACUACAUAGCGCGAUACGGAAGAAUGGCAGAGCCCAGAGCACGUGCGACAUUCGCUCAGAUACUCUCCGCGGUCGAGUACUGCCAUGUGACGGGUGUGGCACACAGGGAUUUAAAGGCGGAAAACUUGCUUCUCGAUGCUCAGAUGAACGUAAAAAUCGCCGACUUUGGUUUCAGCAACAGAUUCGCCCCGGGAGAACGAUUGAGCACAUGGUGCGGUAGUCCACCUUACGCCGCUCCGGAAGUUUUCCGCGGAAAGCACUACGCUGGACCGGAAAUCGACGUGUGGAGCCUGGGUGUUGUGUUGUAUGUGUUAGUAUGUGGUGCAUUGCCGUUUGAUGGAUCAACUCUUCAGUCAUUAAGAGAUCGUGUGCUAAGUGGCAGAUUUAGAAUUCCUUACUUUAUGAGUACAGAUUGCGAGAGUCUAAUACGCAAGAUGUUAGUAUUAGAGCCUUCCAAACGAUACACCAUUCCACAAAUCAAGAGGCACCGUUGGAUGGCGGGAACAGCGGACAGCAUUUGUUCAGUGAUCGUGACACGGCCAUCGUCAUCUAUACAAGAACCAAAUGAACAAAUACUUCGACUCAUGCACAGUUUAGGAAUAGACAUCAGUCGCACUAGAGAGUCCUUACGAAACAGCAGCUAUGACCAUCAUGCUGCUAUUUAUUUCUUACUGCUGGAAAGAUUGAAGCAACAUCGUGUCAGCAGCACCAUUAAUAAUGCCUGCUGGUCCUCUGCGAGAACAAAAGAAGAUAAAUAUAAAUCAAGAGGAAGAGAAGACACCAGCAGAGGAGGUAAGAGAUUCAGCUCUACCAGUUCCUCAACUGAUGAAGGUUGUUGCAGCGCGGAAGGCGAAUUAGAAGAAGGUCCAAGCGGCGACGAACUGCGCGAAGCACAGAUUAAGCUCGAGGAGCACAGAUUAGGCCUAGAUCACGAUAUCAGUCAACGAAUUGACAGCCAGAUAGUCAAUCGAAGAUUAAGCGAUUACCAGCAUCAUUUUGAUAACCCGCUUAUGGAUCCUAUUGAUCCGCCCAGUCGAACGACCCUGUUCAUGGCGGGCGGCAGCGGUAGCUCAUCGUCGGAGCUCUUCGAGUCCAGCUUCGAUUCUGGCUGCCCGCCAGAUUACACGGGGACAAAUUGUUUUACGAGCAGCCUACCGUCUUGCACGCCACCGCCGCCCAAGAGUCCAUCCCCGAUUACUGGUAGAAUAUCCCGAGUCUCACAGGGACGCAGAGCGUCCGACGGUGGACCUAGAUUGCUGUUCUGUCAACAGGGUAUCAGCGACAGACCAUCGAAGCAAAGGAGCAUUCAAGAUUCAGGAAAAGCUCGAGGCCACUUGGAUCUAGUCCACCUUAGACCGCCGUCCACACCACCCGAUAAUCAGCAGCAGUUUAAGAUGCGUGGCGACUCGGGCACGCAGCUGCAGCUUCUAGUGCAGCAACGUAUGCUCCAACAAAAGCGUAACUUGUACCACCGGAACAGAGGUGGUGGUAGUCCGACUCCGAUCCCGGUUUCGACUACCAGCGGCGGCAGUAGACGUACCGAGCACGUACCGAGGCAAGAUAGCUACAAGCUGGCGCAACGAACGCAGAUUUUGCCGCCUCUCUCUCAGGGACACGACAGAGACUUCGAUAGAGACAGAAAGCGGGACGAGGAGAGGUGGAAGAGUCUACCAUCCCGAUUGGCAGCGGACUGUCAAUUGGCGGAGAGAUCGCUAAUAUGGAGCCAGCAGGUAAAGUCAUAAAGAAGUUACCGCGUAAAAAUAGAGGAUAGAUUGGCCGGAAUGAUUGAAGCGACAUGUACAGCCGCUGGAACGCUUUUUAUAAUUGGACUGUGAUUUUGACAUUCUCUAUUUGACGGAAGUAAAUUCACCAAUACGUAAUAACAUUGAAAAAUUCUUGUACAUAGUUUACUUAAUGUAAAGAAUAAGGUUUUAUAUAUCGAGAGUGUCUUGACAUUAUUGUAAAUGCCUUGAACAUUUACAAUAGUGAGCCAAUGUACAUAAUGUUAUUUAGUACCUACGAUGUUAUUUAGUACCUGCGAUUUAUUAGCACAAUUAUUUAUGUUAAAUGCAAAUAAAUGAUUAUUUUUCUUUAAU